AGUGUCGCGGUGCUUGCCUUGGGCAAGCAGAGGUUCACAGUGCUGACCUUGGGCAGGUGAAGUGUCACCGUGCUGACCUUGGGCAAGCAGAGUGUCGCCGUGCUGACCUUGAGCAAGCAGAGUGUCACUGUGCUGACCUUGGGCAAGCAGGGUGCCGCCGUGCUAACCUUGGGCAAGUAGGGUGUCACAGUGCUAACAUUAGGCAAGCAGAGUGCCACCGUGCUGACCUUGGGCAAGCAGAGUGUCACAGUGCUGACCUUGGGCAAGCAGAGUGUCACUGUUCUGACCUUGCUAAGCAGAGUGCCACUGUUCUGACCUUGCGUAUGCAGAGUGUCACCGUUCUGACCUUGAGUAUGCAGGGUGUCACCGUUCUGACCUUGGGUAAGCAGAGUGCCACAGCGCUGGCCUUGGGCAGGCAAAGUACCACCGUUCUGACCUUGGAAAGCAGAGUGUUACCUUUCUGA